UUAGGCUUUAUAUUUUCAAUGAGAUUCAAAGUCUGAUUUCUAGAAUCGUUUAAAGUACCAUGCACUUGAAUUUGUUUAUUUGUUUAAUUAUUUCUUCGUAUUGGGUUCCACCAGUGGAAUUGUGGCAUUUAAGAAAUACACAAAUAUCCCCAGUUAUAUUUGUUCCAGGCGAUGGUGGCAGUCAGGUCGAAGCAAAACUCAAUAAGACAACAGUAGUACAUUAUUUAUGUGAAAAGAUUUCCACUGAAUAUUUUAAUAUUUGGUUGAAUCUGGAAUUACUUGUGCCAAUUAUUAUAGACUGUUGGAUUGAUAACAUGAAAUUGAUUUAUGACAAUGUAACAAGAACAACAAGAAAUCAAGAUGGUGUUGAUAUACGUAUACCAGGCUGGGGUGAUCCAUUAGUUGUUGAAUAUUUGGAUCCAAGUAAAGCUUCUCCUGGAGUUUACUUCAAAGACAUUGGUAACAUGUUGCUUACUCAGCUUGGAUACAUUAGGAAUCAUUCUAUACGAGGUGCACCUUAUGAUUUUAGGAAAGCACCCAAUGAAAAUGAAGAAUUUUUCAAUAAAUUAAAGGAAUUAGUUGAGGAAACAUAUUAUACAAAUAAGCAGACUCCCGUAACAUUGAUAGCACACAGUAUGGGUGGACCAAUGACACUAAUAUUCUUACAACGUCAAAAUCAGAAAUGGAAAGAUACAUACAUCAGUUCCUUGAUCACUCUUUCAGCUGUUUGGGGUGGCAGUGUUAAGGCUCUUAAAGUUUUUGCUAUUGGGGACGAUUUAGGUGCAUAUCUUCUUCGUCAAAAUAUUCUCAAAGAUGAACAGAUAACUAGUCCUAGUUUAGGAUGGUUGUUACCAUCGAGAUUAUUUUGGAAAGAAACAGAAAUAUUGGUGCAAUCGGAGCAGAAAAACUAUACACUGUCCACUUUACGAGAUUAUUUAAUAGACAUAAACGUUCCAAAUGGAUGGGAAUUUCGAAAAGAUAACGAAAAAUAUCAAUUAAAUUUUACUCCUCCAGGAGUUGAAGUACAUUGUUUAUACGGAAGUGGAAUAGAUACAGUGGAAAGAUUAUAUUAUAAGCCUGGUGUGUCAAUAGAAGGUACUCCUCAAUUAAUUCCUGGAGAUGGUGAUGGUACUGUGAAUAUAAGAAGUUUGGAAGCUUGCAAACACUGGCAAGGUAAACAAAAGCACAAAAUUUAUUCUCAAGCCUUUUCUGGUGUAAAUCAUAUGGACAUUCUUAGAAAUACUAAUGUUUUAACUUACAUUGAAACUGUUUUGAAAGUAUGA